AUGAGUUCGUCACUUCCAUCAACUACUAAUCGUCGUCGUCGUUCUUCUUCUGUUGGUCAGAUUAAUGUUGGCGAUACUUCACCUUCUUUAUCAACUAUGGACACUUCUAAAUCAUCAAGAAGAAAAUCAAAUGCAAGAUUAUUUGAAUUACAAAAAGAUUCAAAAUCAGAUAUUGCAAUUGCAAAAAAAUUAUAUUAUGGUUUUAGAGAGUUAACUUAUAGACAAACUUGGAUUAUACCUUUAAUUAUAUUAUUAUUAAGUUAUGGUACUUUUUAUAUUAGUAGUCCAACUGGUAAAAUACAUCAAUUUUUACAAGAUAUGAUGAUUCCUUCUUAUUAUAUUGCAGGUACUGAUCAAUACGGUAAAGGUGUUAAUGAUUUUAAAUUUGUUGGAUUUUAUGCUAUAUUCUUCACAUUUUUACGUGAAUUUAUGAUGUGUUGUGUUUUAAAACCUUUGGCAAUAUUUUUUGGUUUAAAAAAAGAAGGUAAACAAAAAAGAUUCAUGGAACAAACUUAUGCAAUGUUUUAUUAUGGUAUGACUGGUCCUUUUGGUUUAUGGAUUAUGUCAAGAUUACCUUUAUGGUAUUUUGAAACUACACCAUUUUAUUUACAAUAUCCUCAUAAAACUCAUGAUAUUUUUUUUAAAAUUUAUUAUUUAGGUCAAGCUGCUUUUUGGGCACAACAAUCAGUAGUAUUAAUUUUGCAAUUGGAAAAACCAAGAAAAGAUUUUAAAGAAUUAGUUUUACAUCAUAUUAUAACAAUUGCAUUAAUUUGGUGUUCUUAUAGAUUUCAUUUUACUUGGAUGGGUUUAGCUGUUUAUAUUACCAUGGAUGUUUCAGAUUUCUUUUUGGCAUUAUCAAAAACUUUAAAUUAUUUAAAUUCAGCUUAUACACCACAAUUUUUCAUUUUAUUUAUAUUUGUUUGGAUUUAUUUAAGACAUUAUCAGAAUUUAAGAAUUUUAUAUUCUGUUUUAACUGAAUUUAGAACAGUUGGUGAAUGGGACUUAAAUUGGGAUACUCAACAAUAUAAAUGUUGGAUUUCACAACCAAUUACUUUCUUUUUAAUAUUUGCUUUGCAAUUAGUAAAUAUUUAUUGGUUAUUUUUAAUCUUUAGAAUAUUAUAUAGAUUAUUUGUUUCUGGUGAACAAAAAGAUGAAAGAAGUGAUAAUGAAUCUGAAGAAGAAAGUGAAGAAGAAAAAAAGAAAGAUAAAUAG